AUGCGUCUCUUCAAGUAUCUCAUUUUCGCUGCUCCCUUGGCCGUGGCCAAUCCCAAUCCCAACCCCAAUCCCCUUCCGAAUCCAGUAGCUGCUCCAGAUGCUCUAGCCCAGGGGGGUCUUCUCUCCCAACUGCCGGACAUCAUCAAUGGCGUCAAGGAGUUGUUGAACCCAGAAACCCUCGACGACCUACAAAUCAUCGUCAAGGGCGGCGCGGUGCUUCUCGGCGGUGACACCCCCAAGAACCUGAAGACUCUGCUGUCCGGCAAGAACAUCAACACACUGCAGGUUCUGAUCAACAAUGCCGGUACUCUAUUGACUCCCACGUUCGUGAAUGAUACCACGACCUUGGUCGAAGAUGCCGCUCCGCUCGUGUCGAACAUCUCGAAAUUGCUGGGUGGACUGCUGGGCUCGUUAAUUUGA